CCCAGUUAAAAUCGCUCUUGUUAAAAACAGUUUUUUUAAUAUAGUCAAGGAUUGACAUGAAAAGAAGAAGGCCGCACAGAAAGAUAUAAAGACUUUUAAAAUAAUAUAUACUGACAUUUUCUCUUUGUAAAACAAGAAUCAAAUAUUAUCCGCAUUUCACAUUCCUAUGUAGUUUGAACAUUGACUAAACUAUUAUCAUCAAUAAAUAAAUAAAAACUAUACAAAUCAAUAUAAUACCAUUUCAAGAAAGUGAAAAAAGUAAAAGGUCGUCACAAAAUAAUUCAGACCAAUCAAACCCCCUCUUUUAAUAUUGAUUAAAGUACUUAAGUGUACUAUUUGUAAAAAAAAAAAAAAAGAUCGGCUCGGCUCGGCUUGUUCCGUUCCCUCUACCAACUGCGAGAAGCACUAUCCCCACAAGAAACCCCAUCUCGUCCUCUUCCCCUCGAAAACUGCCAAUCUCAAAAAAGAGCUAAGGAAAUGACGUAGAAGAAGGGUUUUGAAUCUCAAGUUUGGAACUUUAUGGAACUUGUUUGCGAAAACAACCUUCAAGCAAACACCUUUUGCAGCGUGACGGCGACCAUCAUCAAUUGGGAUGAUUUAGUUUGUCCCAUUUGCUUAGACUCCCCUCACAACGGCGUCCUCCUCCAAUGCUCUUCUUACCAAAACGGAUGCCGUGCCUUCGUCUGCAACACGGAUCACCUCCACUCCAACUGCUUACACCGUUUCAUCACCGCCUGUUCCACAGACUCACCUCCCUCUACCUCUCCUGCCGCUCCUGAAGAUAAUGAUGAGACACUGUCUAAGGUUUUAGAAGAGAGCUGCAAACCAGUGUGCCCGCUCUGCAGAGGAGAGGUCACCGGGUGGGUUGUGGUGGAAGAAGCUCGUGCUCUUCUCGACGAGAAACACCGUUCUUGCGAGGAAGAGCGGUGUAGAUUUAUUGGAACUUACACCGAGCUUCGCCAGCACGCUAAGUCAGAGCAUCCGGACUCUCGCCCUUCCAAGAUCGAUCCCGCGAGGAAGCUAGACUGGGAGAAUUUCCAGCAGUCGUCUGAGAUCAUCGACGUGCUGAGCACGAUUCACUCUGAGGUUCCGAGAGGUGUGGUGUUGGGAGACUAUGUGAUCGAGUAUGGAGAUGAUGAUGGUGGUGAUGGCACUGGAGAUGAGUUUGAGGAGGGUCCUGGCAAUGAAGGGAGUAGUAGCUGGUGGACCUCUUGUAUACUGUAUAAAAUGUUUGAUAAUAUAAGGAAUGCGAGGAGGAAUAGGAGGAGGGCGAGGAUGAUGGGUGAGAGUAGGAGUAGGAGAGGGAGUCGCCGCUUUAGCUAUGAUAAUUCGAACUCUGAUGACAGCUCGGUGGCGUCGUUUGAGUUCCCGGUGUAUAGAGUAGAUGAGAUCGAUGAUGAGUUUGUAACAACGAGUGGACUUAACAGAAGUAACGCUAUGCAUCAAAGGUUCUCUCUGGUUUACAAUUCAAGAAGGCGUCGUUCUCGCUUCUAUGCAAAUUAGUCAGCUGGAAAUUGAAGUUGGAAGCAAAUGAAGCAGACCAGACUAUUCGUAGCCAGUGUUAUUGGUUUUGGACCUCUGUUUUCUUUAAUUUCAGUAUAAAUUUUAUUUAGGUUUGUUUGUCUUGUGACAUGUACUCGCAGUUGCAGCCUUGUACAAAAACGUAAACAAGAAAAAAACCAAAAAAGUUUUUUUUGGAUAUUGUACAUUGUUUGGUUGUCUCUUA